UCGAGACCAAGACCAGAACUUUUCUGUCCGAAAAUAAUUUGACGCGCAAUUCGUGAUUUUGAUGUAACUUUUUCGCAUCAGCCCGAUAAUGAGAUCACUGCUUAUAAUUUGGACUCUUGUCUCGCUGCCGGCUAUCGACAGCUCAAGCGUCAUUCGGGCCAAUGUGACCAGGUUCUGCUCUGGGGAAGUCAUGGUUUAUCGUGACGGCCAGUUGGGGGCGUUGUGCGGUGAUGGCUGGACCAUGAGCGGUGCCCAGUUUGUGUGCAGAGAGCUGGGCUGUGGUAAAGCUGAAUCUGCUCCAGUACUAGCAAAGAGUGGAGAAGGGGAUUUUCCUGGCUGGGUGUACAAUACAACAUGCACAGGCUCCGAGUCCUUUCUCGAUCAAUGCCUGACUCUUCCUCUCAAAGGAGAUAGCUGCCGCCCCGAGGAUCAUGCUGGAGUUGUUUGUUCAGAUUCCUCAAAGAAACCUGACCUCGCAGUGAGUCUUGUGAAAUCAGGUGAACUGUCUCUCCAGUGUGUGUGGCCGGGUGAAUGGCACAACAAAAACACAUUUAUCCUGCUUAAAAAUAAAGAGAGAGUGGAUAAGGGUAACAACGACACAUUUUACAUCAAAAGCGAGAGAAACGGUAGCGGGAACUACCAGUGCAAGGUCCGCAAAAAAGGACAAUCCUCAGAUUCCAGCGUCAUCCAGCAAGUCACAAUAAUAGCUGCUCCCGUGCUGUCUGUGAGAGGAGGGGACGCGACGCUGCAUUGCGGCCUCAGCAGCGCGCAUCAGAGCCCUGGCUCGUUUGUUCUUUACCGGGACCGGGAGGUUGUGCUGGAGCAGCGCGUACCCGGAGGAGACCAGACCUGCGCCUUCAACUUCACCCUCAGUACAACACACGGACAGCAGGGGGAGUACUCAUGCAGCUAUUACACACAGUCACCGAGCGCAUGGGUGUUUACAGAACAGUCUGAACCUGUCAGUAUACCUGUACACGGUCCUUACAAUUGGAUCGCUAUCGGAGGUGGUUCCGCAGCAGCUCUGCUGUUUAUCUUGUGUCUUGCAGUUUUGUGUAUCCUCAGAGUCAAACGAGGUCCUACAAGCAACGCACGGGAGCAGGACCUCGUUUACGCCACUUUGAACCCAGACGCUCUGAGAAAGAAGGACCCGACCACUCCUGUCGUGAAUGAAGAACCGCUACUUUAUGCAGCUGUUGUCGUCAAAGAGAAACCCACGCAGUAGGAGGCUGGUUUUCACGCGUGGACGCUUUCUCACCUCUGAGGACUCGGUCCAAUUUUGAUGGCUCUUAGCCGAGUCUGAUACAUAUAAUAUCACAAUUUUACAAAUCUUAUCUAUCUAUCUAUCUAUCUAUCUCAUCUAUCUAUCUAUCUAUCUAUCUAUCUAUCUAUCUAUCUAUCUAUGCUUGUAUUAACACGGGUUAGACUGGAUUUUUAUUUCUAUAAAGCAAUGCAUAAUUUAGCAAUGUUUCAGGAAGUCUGGUGUGUAGACAGUGUGUUGUGUGCUUUUAAGGAUGGUGAUAUGUCCACAAUAUUUUCUGUAUUGUUUUGUUCAA